AUGGAUGAGAGAAUCUGCAUUAUUAUAUUGGUAAUGUUUAACAUUACCAAUACAUUAAACGAAUAUCUACGAUGCUUAUCAAAUUUAAAUGAUAAUGGUUAUAUUCAUAUUGACUGUUCUAAUCAACGAUUUAAGCAAAUUUCAUCAGUUGCUCGUUUGGAUGCUCCAACCUAUGAUUUUAUGCCAAAUACUAUUAGUGGAAAUGUGAUUUCAUUAAAUUUAAGUGCAAAUGAAUUUACAGUAAUAAACUCAAAUUCUUUCGCAACUUUAAGGCAUCCGGAAAUACUUGAAUCACUAGAUCUAAGUUCGAAUAAUUUGCAUACGAUAAACCGUUUAUCAUUUGUUGACCUCGAAAAUCUCGAAUUUCUUAACCUAAAUCAUAACUAUUUCUCAUCGUUUCCCGACCGAACCUUUUCAUCACUCAAUAAAUUGAAAUUUAUCAGUAUUGCCUCAAAUCAAAUGAUAUGUGAUUGUCAGUUGACAGAUUUUCUUAAAUUUAUUAAUAAGGAAAUUCCCAUAGAAGUUUCGAAUGAAACUGUUUGCAUUUUUCCGAAAUCACUGAGAAACCAACAAAUAUCCGCGAUAAAAGCAAAAUCACUGAAGCGAACUUGUGGAAAAGGUGAUUUUAAUCCAAAAAUAUUCUCCAUCGAACCACCUCCACAGUCAUUAAUCGUUUAUCCCGGCGAAAAGCGACAAAUUACAUGCAAAGUAUCGAAUAUUAAAGGAUUAUCAAUGGAAUGGUUAAAAAAUGAUAUACCUAUUCAAAGAACUUCGCGAUUAUUUAUCAAUGCAUCUAUAGAAAAUAAUAUUCAGUCAUUGACACUUUCAUUAAAUCCCAUUUUAUGGGAAGACGAAGGCGAUUGGACGUGCUAUAUUGAAUUGCAAGACGCUAGUUUGAGAAAAGUGAUUCGUUUAAUGCCUAUAUCAAUACAUACUGAAAAAUGUGUGCAAGAGUGGCAGGCAAAUGAGAAAGGUGAAGUAACAUGGCCAGUUUCUGAACGAGGCAUUGUUUCUAUGAAUUGUCCAAAUGGUCCGUCGAAUGCCAAGGUUUACCGAGAAUGCAAACAAGGAAAAUGGGGUGAAAUUAAUUCAAAUGAAUGUGCCUUUGCAUCAUCAUUAACAAAGCAACUUCUCAUGCUUAUAUCAAAUCAAAAAAGAUCAACGUAUUUAUUAAAUUUUUUGAACAUAACAACGUCUCUGUCAUCACUGAAAUAUAAAUUAUCAGCUUAUGAAACGCGAUUAGUUGGAUGGAUUAUUGGAAAUGCUACUCAUUUUAGCAAUGCAAAUAUGCUUAAUGCUAUAUCAUUUGUGUUGGAUUCCAGCUAUACGCGGUCUGAAAUCAGUGGUGAAAUGUUAAGAGCGCACAUUGAAAAUAUUAUGUUCACUGAAAAAGCAAUUUAUUUUAAGAAUAUUGCUGUAUGUCAGUCGAUGUUAAUCUCUGCUUUUGACAUGUUGGAUUAUAGUUCAAAUGAAAAAUUAAAUAUUGGAUUUAUUUCGGGUUAUUACGCAGAUGAGUACUUUUGUCAAAAACGAAAUGCUGUAGAAUUUCUUACAGCCAAUGGAAUGUCCUCUGUCCGCGUACCCCACGCAACGUUUGAGCUAUUUUCGUCAACAGCAAUUCUCCGAGUUUUUUGGUUAAAAACAACAAAUAUUUUCAAUAAUAUUUAUUCGAUUGAUGGUAAAUGGAUUGUUACUGGUGAUGUUCAUGCUAUUGCUUUGAAAAAAAUAAAUUUAAGACUUUCUUAUGCAGCGCCUCCAUCUGGCUUUGUCAGUAUUUUGUUAUUUUUUUAA